CCACGAUUUGUCGUCAUUACUUUCUGGCCUUUUCUCCGACCUCAAACCCAUGUGCAUGUUGCUCUCUGCAGGUCUCAGUACCGUACGCCUUCUUUGAACACCCGUGCCUCGCAUCGCAGGCAGCCGCAGCAGGUACCAGUAGCCGGCAACACGCAACUGCAAGCUUCAGAUCUUUCUUUCGGCAGGUCAUCAACGAGAAUCUGAAAGAAGCCAGAAUUCGCCAUGUUCAGCAGCUCUAGGAAGCCAUAUUCGGCCGUCACGGUCCAGAUUGAUCGCCUCACAAGCGAACAGUACGAGGAAAAUGAUCUGGGUGGGAUUGUCGACCUCAUCGAAGUGAUCCGAAUCCAGGACUCUGGGCCUCAGGAAGCCGCCCGGGCUAUUCGGAAGAAGCUAAAGUACGGCAACAUUCAUCGUCAACUACGUGCUUUGACUAUUCUGGACGGGUUGAUCCAGAAUGCCGGUAUUCGCUUCCAGCGCGCGUUCGCAGAUGAACCCCUUCUCGAGCGCCUGCGUCUCCUUGCUCGCGAUGAGAUGGUAGAGCAGGAGGUCAAAGCAAAAUGCAACGUCCUCUUCCGGCAAUGGGCUGUAGCGUACAAAGGCAAGCCUGGUUUAGAGGGAAUUGCCCAGCUAUACAAGCAACUUCCGCAAACUAAGAGGCCCCAGCCUCACCAAUCAAAGGUCCUGAAGGAAACCGAGGCCGAGGCGGAGCGCGAGACGCCAUCCUCACCCGUUACACCUGUUACACCAGUCUCGCCUACAGGAACAAGGGGAUCGCGGAGCGGGUCCGCCGCUGCCGGCUCAUCUCGUCCGCUAAGCCUUUCGUCUGCUGGCCCCUUGUCCAGCGGGUCUUCCCUAUUUGGUUCCAAGGACAAGGACAAGAAGCACAAGCGAUCCAAAUCCCAGCCUUUCAACCUCGAGAAAGAAAAGCCACAGUUACUGGAGGCCAUUGCUUCAGCUUCUGUUGCUAGUAACAAUCUUCUGAACGCACUCCAGCUCAUCAACCGCGAGCAGCAGCAGGUAUCAGAGAACUCAGAGGUUGUAAAGCGCUUCGAGACAUGCAAGAAGCUCCGCCGCCAAAUCCUGCGCUACAUCCAGCUGGUGGAGUCGGAGCAAUGGAUCGGAAGUCUCCUCAGCGCCAACGACGAGCUGGUCAAGGCGCUCAUGUCGUAUGAAAUUAUGGACAAGUCCAUCGACGAUGACAGCGACUCGGACCCGGAGUACACCGGCCAUCCAGUGAUGACCCCUGUGAGGUCUCCCACCGCAGAGGAUCAAUUGGCGGGAUUGAAUCUCGGCGACAGCCCACCACCGCAACCGCCGAGGCCUGGUGGUAUGGGAGCCGGGAAGCAAAAGGCGCAGGAAAGCGAGAGCGAACCAGAAGAGGAAGAAGAAGAUGAAGACAACCCCUUUGCGGACAGGAAUGCUGUGAAAGUGGACCACGAUGGAAUGACAUGGAGGGAUAUUUAGCUGCUUUGUGCUUGGAUGAUUGACGGUUACGAUUAUUGUUUUUGAUGUAGUUGAUAUCAAAAAAAAAAGAAUGCACGU